AUGGCUCCUCCCAAGAACCCACGCAAGCCUCAAAGGGGAAAAGAAGACAAUGACACAUCACGCAAAGGCAGGGAGAAGAAGGAGCAGCAGCCCAAGAGUCAUAAGUCCAUCAAGAAGAGUAAAGGCGAACGACAACGCGAGCGAGAAUUGGAGCGAGAAGUCGCCCAGAAGCAGAGAGAAGAGCGAAUCAUCCUCGAACGUGCUCGCUUACACAACGGCCUCGAGCUUGAGCUCCCAGAAGAACAAGACUUUGCGCACUACUCUGCAGUUCCACAGAGAAGUUACUAUCUGAAGAUCCGACAACUUCGACAAGAACUCAACAACAAGAAUGAUGAUCCGCCGCAGCCUCAAUCACAUAUGGCUCCUGCCCCUUGGGUCCCAAGCCCUUACGACGAUAUAUCCCCAAGAAGGCCAUACUCUGCUGGAGAUGACUAUGAGCAGGAGGAUGAACAAGUAGAGAGCCAAGGCAGGCCUAGGAAGCGGGCCUGCGCCAGAUCAAAGGUGCCCGCCAAGAGGCAGCGGUGCAACAAAAAGGCCGCUCCUCUGUCACAGGAGUUUAUUCUCACUGAAGAUAAAGAAUCCGACGAGGAAGAAGUCCACAUUCCCGAGCACAUAAUCAGGAAGACGCCUCCCACCUUCAUGGGUAUCCCCAGAGAGAUCAGAAUGCAGAUAUACCGCAGCCUCCUUACUGCUGCGGAGCCUAUCCAAGUGUUUGGGGGAUGGAAACAAUUAUACUGGAAGGAGGACUUGCGAUUGUCGACUGGGAUCCUUAGAGUCUGCAAGUCUGUGUACGAGGAGGCGUGCACCGUUCUCUACGGAGCAAACACCUUCCUGUACCUCCUCCGAGAUCCAUCAUCCGAGACAGAUGACAUUGACGAUCUAGCCACGGACGACUCGCCACAAGCUGAAGAAGAAGACCUCAACGACGACGACGGCGGCGACCUAGACUACGAAGAAGAUGGCAUCUCAAAGCGCCCUGCCCGCCCCGCGAAAGAGCGCACCAUCAACAUCGCCAAAUAUGCGCACCUGUUCCGCAAGAUCAACAUCAAAGCCGAGGCAAACAGAUACUCGGGCGUCACCCUAGAAGGCAUGGCUGCGGCAAUCAACGUCUUUGCCAGAAAGGCUGCCCAGGACGGCACGGGAUGGGAUACGCAGUCGCGCCUCUUCAUCCACACAUUGACCGUCAGCGUCUCGCCCACCUCGAACCAGCGGGGCAAGAAGAGCCAAGAAGCAGCAGCAGCAGACUUCACCUUUGUCAACUUCUUCGUCCCGGGAAGCCCUGUGCUGUCCGCCAUCAAGGCGGUCGACUGUCAGCUGCUCAGGAUCGACAUCCUCACCAGCGAGACCAGGAGGGGCAAGACGUGCUCCAUGAGCGGCAGCCGCUCGUGCCGUCUCGAGUUCAACAGGACCUACGAGCGCAUCUGCGCCGCCGACGACCGCAAGCAGAUGGUGGUGGACUCGGGCCACGACGACGACGGGGUGAACAACAAGAGGUUGUUCGCGCGCGGGAGAGUCAUGAAGCUGGCGAGGCUGAGCGAGAAGAGGAUUGAUGAGCUGGCAAAGCACGUUGCCUUGUUUUGCGAGCAGAGGGGCUUUGGGCAGCGGACGACGGAGGACAUGGAUGUCGACUCGCCGUAUUGGAACGAUUCUGAGGAUGAUUAUGAGGAGGAGGAGGAUGAGUUUUGA